ACAGCUGAUCACUUCCUGUAUAAAAGAUGGCGGCCAAGAAGUAGUUUUUCAAGUCUAUAAUCUCAAGAAUAAACCACCACAACUUCGCGCCAAACGACACUCUUUCGUCGCCACAAAAACGCAGAAGACUCUCAGGAUGGCGCACGAAAACAUAACGUGCAUCCCGAAGGACUGGCCCCUGACUAUCAUCUGUAACGGCGAGGUGUAUGAUGAGGAAGAACCGCCGCUGACGAUCUACGAUGCACACUUCUGGAUAUACCUGGGCGUGUACGUGGCUCUGGUCAUGGUGGCAGGUUUGAUGGCAGGGUUGACCAUGGGUCUACUGUCUCUGGACAAGAACAGCCUGAAAGUUCUGAAGGAGGGAGGCAAGCCGAGUGAGCGGAAACACGCGGCCAAAAUCCUGCCCAUCGUGGAGAAUCACCAUCUCCUGCUGGUCACCCUGCUGCUGACCAAUGCAGGCGCCGUGGAGGCCAUGCCUAUCUUCUUGGACAAGAUCUCCAACCCCAUCAUAGCCAUUGUCGUGUCAGUUACGGCAGUGCUCAUUUUUGGAGAGGUUAUACCACAAGCAGUGUGCUCGCGGUACGGACUUGCAAUAGGAGCAUUUUUCUCACCCAUGGUCCGUGUGCUGAUAUUCCUGACCUUCAUCAUCUCCUGGCCCCUCUCCAAGUUGCUGGACUGUUUACUAGGAGAGGACCAUGGUACUUUCUUCAGGAGAGCAGAGUUGAGGGCUCUAGUGGACAUACAUGCUGAAGAAGCCAGGGAGAAUGAAGAACCCCUGAACACAGAUGAGGUUCUCAUUAUACAGGGAGCACUACAGAUGAGGGACAAGACUGCUGGUUCAGCCCUCACACCAUUUGACAAGGUGUUCAUGCUCAGUAUUGACGGCAAAAUGGACAAGGAGACAAUGGAUAUGGUCAUUGAAGCAGGUCAUUCCAGAGUCCCUGUGUAUGAUGGGGAGAAGACCAACAUUGUCGGGCUCCUAUUGGUCAAGAUGUUGAUCAAGUUAGACCCGGUAGCAGCCACGCCCAUCCGGAGUAUCCUACAGGAGAACCCCCGGUACUUACCAGCCGUUAGGGAAGACACACCACUGUUUGACCUGCUGAACGAAUUCCAGCAAGGGAAAUGUCACAUGUGUGCUGUUAGAAUGGUGGACUCAACUGGUGAAGCUGGGACACAGGAUGUCCUGGGUGUGAUCACACUGGAGGAUGUGAUUGAGGAGUUGAUCCAGGAGGAGAUCAUGGAUGAGUCUGAUGUCGUCGCUGAUGUGAACCGCAGAGUCAACCUGGCACGGGCCAGGGCAUCACGACAGAUGUCCAGACAGUCUCCUAGAAGGGCACAGCCAAGGAGAAGCACAUCAUCAGCUGGGAGUGACUAUGGGGCAACACUGACCAUAAAUACAGACACCAGUGAACAUGCAGGUCUGAUAGACAACGAGUCCCCUACUGCUGGACACUGAUAACAUGGCUAAGGAGACUGAUCUAAAAAAAGGGAACAGCAAUAGUGAAGUUUUAUAUUGCACAUGUAUUUGUACCUGGCUGUAGUCUAGCUACUUUUUGUAAAACAGCAAUAAACCCCACAGUCUCCUCCUUUCUCCCAUGUUCUCCUGCUUUCUCCCAAAUUCUUCCAUAAUCUCCUUUUUUUAAUGGAAUUGUUUUUGUAGGAUGUAGGACAAUUUGAAAGGUAUGUCAUUACCUUUAAUUGAAAUAGAGUUGAAGAAACAGCCAUUGUUUAUAAAUUGAACAUUAGAACAUGCACAUGUAUUGUUAGUCAAUAUGGAGCAUUACCAUGAACCUGAUAUAGUUUCAUCCUUAUAAUAAGAUGUGUUCUUUUUAUUUGUUUUUUUAUGGCAUUAUUGGUUUAUUAAUUGCUAUGCAGAAAAAUUCAAUGAAGUAAGCCAAAUUUUCUCAUAGAAUACUUGUGAAAGCAAUGACAUGUAAUUAUUGCCAUGUUUUCCAGAGGCAAUGAUAUGUAAUUGGGAAAAUUAUCUAAUUUGAUGAAAGUUUAAUCAGAAUUGAAGCUGCAAUUAUAUUAUGAUAGAUAUAGUUAAAUGUAGCUUUUUUUGCAGUCAUACAUGUACAUGUAUUUACUAAUUUAGGUCUAUGGGGUAGUGCAAAUGGUGAUAUUUGGUCACAUAGCAGGUGGAAUAUUGAUAGGUGAAGGUUUAAGAAUACAUGUAUUUAUACAUAUUCAGAACAGAUUCUUUAUACAAGGAAAAUUUAAAAGGGCUUGUUGCUGUCUUAUUACAUUGUAUGCAUCAUGUUGCAUUCAUUUCAAAAGGUGUUUUUGAUCACCCGAUUAUCAAUAAUAUUACAUGCUUAUUGUAAUGAAUACAUAUUUUUAGUCAGAUAUUGCCAUGUCUUAUGAUCAUAAUGAGUACAUCUUUUUAGUCAGAUGUUGCCAUGUCUUAUGUACAAUAUGUACUUAAAUUCAGAUCAUAGCCAAGCAUCCUCUAGUUAAAAAACGGUCUGGGAAUAAUCAAGAUUUUAUCUAAUUCUAUUAACAUUUGGCCGCUAAUUCUCAUUGUGUAUAUUGCAAGCACUGCAAAGUUUAACAGCAAUAAAGACAUUUUGUACUAGGCAGACCUACAAGGGUCUAUGGUGUUAUUCUGUGGUCUUUUCAUGCAACAAAUG